AUGGCUGCUCCUGUUAUUGCUGACCUGCACAAGCCUCGGCCUUACACCCCCAGCCUCUGGGGCGACUUCUUCCUCAACCACAGUCCAUGCACUCCAUCACAGUAUUCGGCUAUGAAGGACAUGGCAAGUAUCAGAAAGGAGCGGGUGAGAAAGAUCAUCUUGGCCGCCAUAUCUUCUUCUGAUUUACCUAUGAAGCUGGAGCUUGUCGACAUGCUGGAACGGACUGGCGUGGCCUAUCACUUUGGCAAAGAGAUCCAAGAGUUACUAUGUGGCAUGCAAGGUGACGAACAAGGCUUUGGUGACGACCUCCACAUAACCGCGUCGCGGUUCUAUUUGUUGAGGAAGCAUGGGUACCACGUCUCUCCUGAUGUGUUUCUGAAGUUCAGAGAUGAUGGAGGAAACUUUGCAAGUAAUGAUGUGAACUCAUUGUUGGCACUGUACAAUGCGGCCUAUCUUAGGACUCGUGGGGAAGAAGUGUUGGAUGAUGCUAUUAUUUUCACCAAGAGCCGUCUACAAUGCAUGUUAGAACAUCUAGAACCGUGGUUGGCAGAAGAGGUCCGGUGUACACUGGAGACACCUAGUUUCAGGAGAGUUGAGAGAGUGGAAACUAGACGUUACGUCCCGGUGUAUGAGAAGAAGUCAACACGAGAUGAAGACAUAUUGGAGUUUGCUAAGUUUGACUUCAACAUUUUGCAAACACUCUAUUGUGAGGAGUUGAAAGCUCUUACUAUUUGGUGGAAAGGCUUCAAAUCACAAAUGGAUAUAAAAUUUGCACGAGACAGAAUGGUGGAGCUACACUUUUGGAUACUUGGAGUUAUCUAUGAGCCGCAAUAUUCCUAUUCACGUGUAAUGCUAACAAAACUGCUCGUAUUUGUGUCGUUAUUUGAUGACUUAUAUGACAACUAUAGCACCACAGAAGAAAGCAACAUCUUCACUGCAGCCAUGGAAAGGUGGGGUGAACAAGCUGCAGAGAAUUUACCAGCAAACUUGAAGGCAUUGUACAUCAACAUACUUAACACUACAAAUGAUAUCGAGGAAGAGUUAAAGCAUCAGAAAAAUAAGAAUGCUGAAUUGGUAAAAGAUUUGGUAAUCCACGUGGCCAAAUGCUAUCACGCUGAGGUGAAAUGGCGUGAUGAACACUACGUACCAACUAGUGUUGAAGAGCAUCUGCAAAUUUCAGUGCGCAGCAGUGCUUGUAUGCAAAUAAUAAGCUUUGUAUUUAUUUCGCUGGGUGAUGUGACUACAAGAGAGGUUCUUGAGUGGGCUUUAACCUAUCCAAAAAUUAUCAGAUCUGUAUGCAUUGUUGGGCGCAUUGGCAAUGACAUGGUGUCACAUGAGCGUGAACAAAUAUCACAACAUGUGACAUCCACGGUGCAAACUUGUACAAAAGAGCACGAGAUAACAGUAGCAGAAGCCAAUGAGAAGCUCAAGGUGAUAAUUGAAGAAGCAUGGAUGGACAUAGUCCGCGAAUGCCUCCACAAAAAACAGCCAAUGGUGCUUCUAGAGAAGGCAACCGAUCUUGCCUGGACAAUGGAUUUUAUGUACAAGCGUGAAGAUGCGUUUACCCUCCCGUCUAGUCUCAAAGAGACCUUAACUUCACUUUAUGUGAAUUACAUAUGA